CACUCACUCUUUUAAAACAGAAAUCUGUUCCUCCUCCCGAUUGUAGGAGCACAGCUGCCAGGCCCUCAGCUCUCCGAGAAUCCCGCAUCUUGCGGGCUGUCUCUCUCUCUCCUCCCCCCCCCCCCCCCAAACCAAGAACUUGGAACGUUUCCAUGUGUUGGUUUUCAAAGCCUCCGAGUUGGUGAACAGGCUCGAAAGGUGACACCCAGUUUCCAAGUGACCCACCAAAAUGAGGAUGGCUUCACGCGAGCGGACUGGCCACGCCGUUUACUGUGACCACGGCUGUGUUGGGUACCCCCUGGGCUUUCUGUGACUGAGGCAAAAUUAUUGCAUUCACAAUGGACAACGAUGAAGCGAGCAACCAACCAUUUGAAUAUUUUGAACUCAGUGGCAUCUCAUUUGCUUCACCACUACAUUCACUAGAACAACUUGAGUGGCUGAAAGAUUUUGAAAUGGAUCCAGAUAUUCCACUCAUUGUUUCAUAUCCUAAAUCUGGAACUAAUUGGGUGCAGCAGAUGGCAAGUCUGGUUCUAGCCAAUGGCAAUAUUGAUUCCGUAAAAGACAAAAUUCUCAAACAUAGAGCUCCAUGGAUAGAGUUUGUUCCUUUCAAACCAGGUUACACUGACUACCAGCUGCUGACAACACACUUAAAUUACCAGAUGGUUCCAAGUUCUGCGAAAAACAGAAGGAUGAAAAUCAUAUAUGUUGCCAGAAAUCCCAAGGAUGUGAUUGUGUCAUUUUACCACUAUCAUAAUUGUCAUCAUUACUUGAAGACACCAAAGGAUUUUUCUGACUUUCUGGAGCAGUUUAUUGAGGGAAAUGUGCUAUAUGGAUCUUGGUUUGACCACAUCAGAGACUGGUUCAACCAUAAAGAUGAACUCAACAUGUUGUUUGUAACGUAUGAGGAUAUGCAGAAAGAUAUCAGAAGCGUGAUAGUAAAAGUUGUAUCGUUUCUUAAUAAAAUGCUGGAUGGAAAAAUCUUGGAGUCAAUUGUGGAUCAUUGCACCUUUGCAUAUAUGAAAACAAACCCUGCAACAAACUACCGAGCUGCGUUGAAGCAUUUCAAUCAUGACAUUGGCCAUUUCUUUAGAACAGGGAUUGUUGGAGACUGGAAGAAUCACUUUCUUGUGGCUCAGAAUGAGUGGUUUGAUUCCAUCUACCAGGAGAGGAUGGCGGGGUUGCCUCUGAAGUUUGACUAUGACCUCAAAUAAGCAGUAAUUGGAAGAUUUUAGAAAUGUCCAGCUAGCUCAACCUUGUAAGAAAGAAAUGAGGGACAAGAAUAUGGGGAAUUAUGGACAGCUCAAAAUCACGUACAGCAUGGAAAAAGACCCUUCGGUCCAACUUGUCCAUGCUGACAGAUAUUCUAAAUUAAUCUAGUCUUAUUUACCAAUUUUUAACCCAUAUCCGUCUAAACCCUUCCUAUUCAUAUACUCAUCCAGAUGCCGUAAGAAAAUUACUGGAAUCUAUUAUUCUGAAUGUAGGAACAAGCACUCGGAUAAUCAUAGUUUAUUGGUUGGAGUUCACAUUGAUUCAUGAAAUAGAAAUCUAGCUUGGCAAUUCAAUUUGAAGUUUUUUCAGGUUUAAUUAGAAACAUCGAUGAGGGGAAACCAGCGGAUGGAGUGUAAGUGGAUUUUCAAAACACUCUAUAAGGUGCCAAACCCUCAAUAUGGUUGGUGGUAGCAUGUUAACGUGGAUUGAGAAUUCGUUAAGAAACAGAAAACACAGGAUAAAUGGGUUUUUUUGAAGCUCAGGAGCUGUAGCAAGCAUGGUAUUGCGAGUGUCACUGUUGGCAUCUCUGCUUACAAUCAGUGAGAAUAACAUAUAUGCUGUCCGUUAUAAUAUAUCUCGAUAUCCCAAGAAACCUUAGAUAAUUGGGAAACUAAGGUGUGAGGGAGACGUGAGGCUGCGAUGUGAAUAAGAGCAUUAAUAAGCAAGAUCAGAACUAGCAGAAUGUGGGAAUCAUCCACUUUGGUAGGAAAAAAGAGAAAUCAUUUUCUCCAUUUUAAAGACUGGAAAUUUGGUGGUUUUCAGCGAGGCCUGCAUGUCUGUACACAAACCAUAAAAAAUUGACAUGCUAGUACAGCAAUUGUAAUUUGAUGUUGAGCAACAUAGCAUAAUAUAAUCAAGCACAGUCAUUGUGACUUCAUGAAGGGAAAAUCAUGCCUGACUAAUUUAAUAUAAUUCUUGGAAGGGGUAACAAGCAGAAUUGAGAAAAGGAAAGCCAGUAGAUGUAAUAUUUUUGGAUUUUGAAAAGCGUUGAAAUGGUACCGGAUAUGUUAGGCUACUUAAGAGAGUCCAUGUUGUUGGGGUUACUAUAUUAGCAUGGAUAGAGGUUUAGCUAACUAAUAGAAGACAAGAGUAGGUAUAGGAGAGCUAUUUUCAGCUUGUAACACGUGGAAAACCACAGUAAUCAUUGCUGGGGCCCUCCAGUAACCAAAACCAUAUUUGUGCUAGGUAUGUCUCCAAUGCGUGGAGAAUCUACCCUGGUUAUUGCAUUUAACCUUUUCUGUAGUUAGUACAGAGUAGAAUUUCCACUUGUUGAAUUGCUUAUGCUUAUAGUUUUGACUUCUGGCUUCAGUAACUGUUUGAGUACCAGGGGAGACUAGGAUACUAGGCUGAAUUGGUAGCCUACCUCUGACCUUUCACCUCUGUUUCAAGUUGCUGCCUGGAAAGAAGCCAACAAGAAGGAAAACUGCUAGGCUCAGCUGAACAAGGAAACUAUUAGAAGGCACUGACCUCAUGGCAGUUGUAACUUGUGUGAACUGAUUUUAAUACCUUUUGGAUUUACUAAACUGUCCUCUCCUGCCACCCUAAUUUCCAGGGUGCUUGUGUAUGUGAAUGAAGUAGCAAACCAAUUAUCCUCACUCGGUCUCUUUGGAACUAAUAGGGAAGCUGCUAUCUUUGCCCUACUCCAUCCUUCCCAAGGUAUAGGUUGACCCCAUUUACAGGUAAAUUAUGGAUAAUUCCCACAGUUAAAGACCCAGGCAUUAGUGAUUUUUUGGUUCAUUGCAAGCUAAGUGAAUAUUGAUUUUGGAGUAGUGGACAGGAAAGCUGUCCUCUACCCAGAGUACAGACUCAAGAGGCUGUGUUAAUGCUUGCUGUCUACCUGAUCAGAAGAUGCCUCCUAGGUCUGUGCCCUUUCCAGGGUUUACUGCACUGGGCAGCAGUGCUGAAAGAAGGUCACUGACCACCUCCAUGAUGCCAGGAUAUGUACAUAAUCUGCUCUGCUAUCUUACACUCACUCUGUCUCUGCUACUGCAAUCACCUUACACCAAGGCUUCUGUCCUGACAUCACUGUGUUGCAUGCAAUAUCUUUCCUUAUCCCCUUCAUCUUCCCACAGCAUUAACUCUUCAUCUGCUCCAUGCUGCCUCCUCACUCCCAUGAAGCACCUUACCUGCAUUCACAGCUGUGCCAUUCACAUGUGUCUGAUCCAUUGGUUCCCUUUUUGUCUUCAGGUGCGAUAGUGGCGGAUGUAAGAGAGGUGGGACGUUACAUUGUUGAUAAAAGAGACCAUUGGUGCUGUAAAUAUGGUGGAUAUCUUUGAAGACUCUUAAAAUGAGGCCAUCAGGAUAGAGUUUAGAAAUAAAAAAAGGGAUGUUUACUUUGCUGGGAUGAUACUGCAGGCUUCCCAACAGACAGUGCAAGAUAAAAGAGUAGAUACCUUGGCAAAUCACAGCAAAGCAUGUGAGGAAAAAGAUGAUAGGAGGGGAUUUCAACUUUGCGACUGUUAACUCAGAUCGCCUUAGUGUGAAACGAUUAGACGGGAUGGAAUUUUUAAAGUGCAUGUAGACAGUUCGACUAGAGAUGGGGCAGUGCUAGACCUAACCCUAGGGAAUGAAUCCGGUGAAGUGGUGAAGUGUCAGUGGGCCAACAUUUAGGGGAUAGUGACCAAAACUCAGAAAGUUUCAAAGUCUUUAUGAAAAGAGAUAAGGAUAGUUCAGAAUUUAAGCAUCUAAAUUGAAGGAAGGCCAAUUUCAAUAUUCCUAGACAGGAUCUGGCAAAUGUAGACUGGGAAAAGCUAUUAGCAGGUAUGUCUAUGUGAAAAGUGGGAGUCUUAGAAAUUGUAUAAUAAGAGUUCACGGCCAGUGUGUUCCUCAAAGAUUAAAGGACAAGGGCAGCAAGUCCAGGGAACCUUGAAUAUCAAGGGAUAUUGAGAGUUUGAUAAAGAAAAAGAAGGAAACAUGUAUUAGGUACAGAGCAAUAAAAACAGGGGAUGCCCUUCAGGAGUAGUGCAGGAUGUGAGGUGCUUAAAAAAUAAAUUAGGAGGGCAAAGGGUCCAUGAGCCCAUCUUUGUCAGGUAGGAUUAAGGAAAACUUUUUAUAAGUAUAUUAAGUGCAAGAGUAUUACCAGGGAAAGAGUUGGGAUGAUUAGAGACCAAAGGGGCAAUCUAUGCAUGGAGACAGAAGAUGUGGGUGAGUUGAAUAUUUCUCAUCUGUAUUCAUAAAGACGAAAGACAUAGCUAGAGAUUUCAGCUGGGAUGGUGAGUUUUUGACCAUGUUAAGAUUAAUAAGGAGUGGGCAUAUUGGAUGCAUAGUUCCCCAGGACCCAGUGAGAUGUAUCUCAGGAUGCCAAAGGAGGAAAGGGAGGAGAUUGCUGAGGCCCUCAUGGAGAUAUUUAAUACUUCACCUUUGGCCAGCAAAGUGCCAGAUGGUUUGAGGUUAGCCAAUGUGGUUCCUUUGUUCAAGAAGGACAGCAGGGCUAAGCUAGAUAAUUUCAGACCAGUUACUCUGAUGUAAGUGGUGUGGCAAUGAUUGAGAAAAAUUCUGAGGGUCAGGCUUAAUCAACACUUCAAAAGGCAGGUCCUUAUCAGGGAUAGUAGCACAAAUUUGUUGAAGGAAGAUCCUGUUUGAUUAGUUUGUUUUAAUGUUGAAAAGAUGACAAAGUAUAUUGAUAAAUGUGCAGUUGAUGUCAUUUACAUGGAUUUAAGUAAGGCCUUUGACAAGGCCCCACAUGGAAGACUGACUCAAAAGGUAAGAUCCCAUGGGAUCCAAGGCAAGUUGAUAAACUGGAUCCAAAGCUGGCAUGCAAAUAAGAGGCAAAUGGUGGUGGCAGAUUGUAGCUUUUGUGAUUGGAAGCCUGUGACUGGUGGUGACACAGGUUUUGGUGCUGGGACUCUUUCUAUCUGUUACAUAUAUUAAUGACUUGGAUGUGAAUGUAGAAGAUAGAAUUAAUAAAUUUGCAGGUGACACGAAAAUUGGUGGAGUUGUUGAUAC